AUGCUCAGUGCAUUGGUAGCUCAUACCAUUGUCCCUUUUCCAACUACAACCAAGGUCGAGGUGUGUCCGAGCGCAUCUGAUGCCGACGAGUUAGACUUGCAGCCUUUUCAAUACGCCAAACAGCUCGAGUUGGCAAGGCUGCCUUGUUUUAGCGAUGUCUCUGCAACACGACGGCAAGACCUAUGCUUGGGGAGGGUCGAGCAGUGUAAUGUCAUAUUUGAGUUUGAGAGCGCCAGCAAUCCAUCUUCAAAAUCCAUCAAGACCCUUGCGCUCAAAGAACUACAAGACCAUGUCAAGAUUGAUGGCUUCUGUAUCCAAGAGCCCAUGUGGCAGCUGGUGGCCGACAUGUUGCCAAGAAUGUCUUCCAACCCGUGUUGCGUGUUGCAAAGCGAGAACAGGCCAACUAGAGUGGCCUGGGAUCAAGUUGGGCCUGUUUAUGAGCUCGUUAAUGUCGUCAUGCAGAACAAAUUCUUCUUGGUCACAAGCAUGGCUGAAUCCUACAUUGAUGCCGAAGUCCUUGAAGUUCUCGGCUCCAUCUUCAGUGGUCUAUGCCGUCCUUUGAAAGACGAAUACAAAGACACCAUGAUGCGGGUCUUGAUACCUUUGUACAAGUCCCCUUUGGGCAAAUACCGUGCUUGGCUCGUAUACUGCAUUACCCACUUACUAGCAAAGGAUCAUCCUCUUGCACAAACGUUGCAACACGUGUAUUUCAUUUUUGGAGGGAUGAAAAAUUCUGUGGCCGUGCCUCUACGGAGCAAGAUUCAUGACCUGAUGGAGUUCUUUAUGAGUACGAGUCCGCAGCUGUUUGACGACUGCCGGUAUAGCUACGCAGAAGAAUGCGGCGAAGUAGUUGCCCAGGAGGCGAAGCGGGAAAAGAGGUAG